CUUCUACUGAGAACUCGUACCAUUCCAUAGCUCUUCCAUUCUGUGUGAAAUCAGCUCUGUCAACUAGCCCUACUGAUCAACGCGCCAAUCGCUAUCAUUCCCUUGCGUCUUGCCAUUUGCCAUGGAAACUCCAGAAACCUCAGAAUUCCCCGACUCCGCGGCCGUGGCUGUGUCUGAACAAACCUACUUCCAUUACCACAUACCCUUCGGAAUGGAUUCCUGGAUGGCCAUGUACAUCUUCUUCGGUUUGACGGCCACCAUCGCCUGGUUCCAAUACGACUACAAUAGCAAAGCCCUCUGGUUUCUCUUCCAAACGUGUCAGAAUCUAAAAAUUUUCUUCGACCCGGAUGUGUGUUCUCUCAGCAAAAAGAAGAAAAUCCCCAAUGGCUCGGAGGUCAAGGUCAACAAACCUCUGAUUGGGUUCAGAGCGUGCGAGAAACAGACAACGGAGUUCCCGGGUGCGCCUGGUGGGACUUUGCCUAAUAAGUGGAGGUACGAACGGGCGUAUUUGAGGAUUUGACGUGGAUGGGGAUCCUGCUGUGGCUGAGGAGGGGGUUUUUCUUAAUGGAAGUAUUAUUCUGCUUUGACGUGUCAUUCGCUGCCCUACAUGGCCGAAUAUUGUUCAAUCAGAUGGUACUGUGUAUGAUUAAUGACUGCUAACGUGAACACGAUGUUUAAUGACUGAAGAGGCGUUCCUGAUUGUCCAUCUAUCCAAGUCUGCCACUUCUAUGAGCGAUAGCAUGGAAUGCAAAGACCUUAAUGGCUUAUACCAUC